GCGUUUAGCUAACGGAUGCCCCAGCGGCGCUUUGAUUUGCCCAGACGGGGGUUCCCCGGACGACUGCGCCAAACGUCUCUUCCUCUCCUGGAGCAGCUGGACUUUGUCCAGGCCCCCGGGCUCUCGGGGAGGGGAGUGGGGUCUAGUGGUUAGUGCAGGACUCCUGGGUCCCUUGGCCAGCUCUGCGAGGCCUUCCCCUUGUGCGUCACAGGGACAACGCGCCAACCCGGGGGUCUCCUCAUUCUGCGCCCCUACAGAUUUAUCAUGUUUAUCCCUUUUUCCCCCCCACCCAGGUGACCUGGGAGCCGAAGACCCCGCCGGACCCGCUGCCGGAGCAGGGAUCUCCCCCGGCCUCAUGGAGAACCUCCACGAACUACAGCACCCGCUGCUGGCCAAGGCCUCCGGGGGCGCCCCGGCGGGGGACACGCGGCGGGAACACCCUGGCUUCUUCGCUCGGCCCGGCUGGAGGCGCCUGCCCCCCGAGCUGCCCCAGCAGCUGCUGGACGCAGGGACCCUGCAGAGGACAGUGGAGCCGCUGGGCAGCCCCGAGCCGGCCCCCCACCCGGGCCCCACAUGGAAGGCCGGGGAGCCCCCCAGCUGGAGGAAGCAGGGUUACUGCGAGACGGCGUUCGGGGAGCCGGCCGAGCGCCCCAAGAAGCUCUGCCUGGAGAAGGACAUUCACACGGUCUGCUGCGAAGUGGGCGACGGGGAGCUGCUGCCUGACUUCGAGAACGACUCGUCGAGCGACAGCGACAGCGACUUCGGCCUGAUGCUGCCGCAGGAUCACCUGGGCCUGGCCGUGUUCUCCAUGCUCUGCUGCUUCUGGCCUCUGGGCAUCGCCGCCUUCCACCUCUCCCAGAAGACCAACAAGGCCUCGGCCAAGGGCGAUUUCCCGGGGGCGCGGGCGGCCUCGCGUCGGACCUUCGCGCUGGCCGUGCUCUCCAUCCUGCUCGGCAUCUGCACCUACAUCGGCGCCGUGGUCGCGCUCAUCGCUUACCUGUCCGACAAGGGCCCCCCCUAGUGUCCCCCCGGGAAUGGGGGGUGGGGGGAAGAAGGCUGCCUGGACUGGGGGCACCCCCCCCCGACAGACGGGGGCCGGCUCCUGGACACGCCUGAGCCCAGCGCUGCGGGGAUGGAGGCCAGCGGAGAGAUUUGGACUAGCGGCUCCCUCCCCGCCACCAGAGACAUGGGCCCGGAUGCCUGGGUUCACCAGGAGCAGGGUUUGGGAGCUUGAUUCGUGGUGACCGACCGGACCUUCCCCCCACACACACUUUCUUCCUUCCUCCUUCAUGCCCCCCCCACUGUGUCCCCAUUUUGUAUGUCCUCCCCUCCCCCCAGCCUUCUGCUCAGGGUCACGCUCUGCCCAAGGGGCGCGCCCCAUCCAAUAAAGGCCCCGUGCACUUU